UUCCGUUUUACUCUGCUUCAGCUAUGGUUGCAGAAUUAAAGGCUUUCUGUCAGUUCUCUGUAUGUAAGCUGCUCAUGUCUUGGGUGUAAAUGUGCUUAAAGGGCACAAUCUCACAAAAUACAGGCCUCCUGUAACACUGUAAGAAAAUGUCAGUAUGAGAACAACAUGGACAAUGGCAAAGUGAACCGUGUGUGUCGGCCCCACCGCAUCAGUGAAUCUUCCAAGAUUUUCCACUGGUCUCAUCAAUCUGUGGCAGUCCUCCAGGGUCUGAAUGAGCAAAGGCAGAAGAAUCAGUUCUGUGAUGUGGUGCUGGUGGCAGAUGACCAGUCCAUACCAGCACACAGAGCAGUAUUGGCUCUGUCCAGUCAGUACUUUAAUGCUAUGUUCACUUUGGGCAUGAGAGAAGAACACCAGGUGGAGGUGGAGUUGGUUGGAUUGUCUUAUAUUGGUCUUAGAGCUGUUAUAGACUUCCUGUAUUGUGCAGAGCUGCCACUGGAUGGAGGAAACAUUGACUAUGUUCUUGAAGCAGCCCAUCUAUUGCAGGUGUGGCAAGUGGUGGAUUUCUGCUGCCAGUAUUUGGAGCAGGAAGUGACCGAGGACAAUUAUUUGUACCUCCAGGAGCUGGCUUUGCUCUACAGUCUGGACAGACUUGACACAUUCAUUGACCAGUUCAUCCUCUCACGCUUUGGUACUUUGUCUUUUACUCCUGACUUCAUGAGAGAUAUUCCUCUUCACAAAUUGACAAAAUAUCUUUCCAGCAGCCAGGUGGAGCAUGAGAGUGAGCAGGCUCUGCUGCAGGCUGCUCUUCAGUGGUUGAGUCAAAGCCCGGAGCGCACAGCACAUGCUCCAAAGCUCCUGUCCCACAUUCGCCUGGCGCUGAUGCCUGUGGGAGACCUGGUGGGACGGGUGCUGCCUGCCAUUAGAGCAAUUCUGCCAAAUGAAGCCCAGUGUGAGGCUUUGGUUGAAGAGGCCUUGGCCUACCAUGCUACCCCCAGUGCCCAGCCCCUGUUUCAAACUGGACUCACAUCAUUAAGAGAUGGAGUUGAAAGUCUGCUUCUAAUUGGAGGAGAGGUGUCUGAACGAGGAGAGGAGCUGAGCUCCAAUGUGUGCCGUCUGGAUGUUCCCACAGGAGUUUGGAAGGUAGAGACUGAACUUCCAGCCCGGCGCAGCCAUCACUGCUUGGCUGUGUUAGGAGGGUUCAUCUUUGCUGCUGGUGGCAGUUCAUCCAGGGACAAUGGUGGAGAUGCUGCUUGUAACCUUCUCUAUAGAUAUGACCCCCGCCAUAAUCAAUGGACUAAGGGCGCAUCCAUGAACCAGAGGAGAGUGGACUUCUUUCUGGGGGCAGUGGGUGACUGUCUGAUCGCUGUGGGGGGCAGAAAUGACACUGGGGCGCUGUCCUCUGUAGAAGUUUACUAUCCUGCUGAAGACAGCUGGUGCUAUGUAGCUGGACUGCCCAGGUACACCUAUGGCCAUGCAGGGACAGUGCACAGAGGUGUUGUGUACAUCUCAGGUGGGCAUGAUUAUCAGAUUGGGCCAUAUCGCAAAGAGGUCUUGAGCUAUGAACCAUCUCGAGAGGGUUCGGUGUGGCUGGAGCGGCCUUCCAUGUCCCAGGCGCGAGGCUGGCACUGCAUGGCCUCUCUGCACCACCUCAUCUAUGCCAUUGGGGGCAGCGAUGACCAUGCAGCCACAACAGAGCGCUUUGAUGUCCUACAGGUGGAGGCGUAUGAUCCUCAUGUGGGACAGUGGAGCUAUGUGGCUCCACUGCUGCUGCCCAACAGUGAGGCUGGAGUGGCAGUUUGGACAGGAAAGAUUUAUGUUUUAGGAGGCUACAGCUGGGAGGGCAUGGUUUUCUCCAAAGCAACUCAGGUCUAUGACCCUGAUAGAGGAGGUUGGUCUCGGGGGCCCGAUCUGCCCAAACGCAUUGCAGGGGCCUCUGCCUGCGUAUGCACCGUGAGGCCCUUAUGCAUAUUCGACUUACAGGACAGGAAGAAAAAACUUCAGUCAUUAGAACCCACGUAACAGUCGUGAGAACCUGGACUUCUUGACAGUUGAAAACAAACAAACACGUCUAUAAAAUGAAAUCAACUACUGGUUUGUUUAACUACGAAAAUAUGUUUAGGAUUGUGGCAUAAAUCUCUGAAAGAAGCGCUGAAUCCAAAAUGUUUUUGAUGUGUCUGUUUGUGUCAUAAUUAUGGCAUAUUAAGCCAAAAGCUUCUAAGAGGAAAAAAAAGAAUACAAUGCAUAUUACAAGCUGAAUAAUGGCAUGUUUAUAUUAUUAUAAACUUGUGAAUAAUGUAAUUUUUGAAAAUUUUUUGACAUUUGUUUUUUUUAUUAGUAUUUAUGCAUCAUUUUGUGUUGGGAGUUAGUAUGAACAAAUCCCUCACACAAAUGGGUAAUAGGGAUGAGAUUUGACUCUGUAACAAAAAAGUAAUAGAAACAAUCAUUAGAAAUAUUAGUGUAGCAUUAAACUUGACAUCAUGUGCUCACUUACUCAGGCAGGUCACAAGCUCUCCAUCCACGGUCAAGGCCUCUAAGAGCUGCCAUAUCUUCCUCUGUUAGCCUAAAAUCAAAGAUCUGCAUACAAAAAAAACCAAAAAAAAAAAAAAACAGGAUGAUAUUUUGAUUAAUUGUGAUUGUGAUAUCAAAUACCCUCUUCGUGAAGCAAUGUGAGUUGCUAAAGUUAAAAGAUAAAAUGAUAAUAACAAAAUAUUGGAAAACAAAACAAAAUAAAACAAAAAAAUAAAAUAAAUCACAGUCAGGUGUUGGAAUUGGAAACAAAAAAAAACAAAAAAAAAAAAAAAACCCAAAACAAUAAGACUGCAUGUUGCACACACAAUGCCAUUUGAAAAUGAUACUGGUGUGAGUUUACCUUUGUGUUCUCGAGGAUAUGAUGGGCCUUCUCACUUUUGGGUAUGACUGCUAUGCCCUGCUGAGUGUGGUACUUCAGCAAAACCUGCCCACAUCACAAACAUGAGUACAAAAAGUACAAAAGACAAAAAUAUUCAAAGUUCCACCAGUGUUAUAACUGUGAGUGUUUUGUUGUUCUCACCUGUGCAGAGCUGCGUCUGUGCUUCUUGGCUAUCUGUUCGACAACAGGGUCAGUUAGAAUAUUAAUUGGGUCUUUUUCUCCUUUUAUACUGGCAAAAGGAAGAAAAAGGUAAUAUUAUUAUUAGGAUUAUUAUAAUAGUUAUUAUUAUUAAGAACUUUUACUACAAAAUGCUUAAUAACCUCAAAUAAUAAAAUUGCAGUUAAAAAUAAAUGUAGCAGUGUAGAAAUGUCUGAAUUUAAAAUGAUGGUUUCAGUAUGUUCAUAAUACUUUACUGUGUUAAUUAUAUUUUUGAUUAAAGGUACACUAUACUUUUUUAGUGGGGAGGCCAUCACCCGGUUGUCUCAAUAGAGAUUGAUGGUAUAGCUUUGCCUGGAAAGUUCUACAGUAAGGCAUUUAUCAUGUCUACUUAGCAUUUAUUCAGUUACAGAUAUUUGUUUAAAAAAACUUUUAAAAAGUACUUAAAAACAGGAAUUCUCACUGUGAGUGGGAUCCCCUCUCUGACAUGUAGCUUGGCUUGGUGGCAUUACCUGAUAUGAAGAUAGAUGAGUUUAAUACCAUACUGUUGAACAUUCCAGAUAAGACAAUUAUAGCUCCAUGGAGGAUAGGCAGUGGACUCUCCAUUAGAAAGUAAAAUGUACCUGUAACUUGAGCCUGGUCAAUGUGAAAUUACAAACUGGAACAAUAUCGAAAAUGCUCUAAUAUCUCAAUAAAUUCCCUAACAUUG